AGCGGCACAGAAGAAGCAGCAGCAGCAGUCGACCUGAGCGGGGCGGACUGUGCGCCGCCGUCGUGAGGACACAUCGCACAGAUGAAGGGACCUUUACGGAUAUCUAUCACAUAUUCUUCCGUUUGAUUUCAUCGACGCCAUCACAUCCCUCCUUUCUCACUCGGGGCUUGCGCCUUCACUGUGGGUCUUGCCUGUUUUUUUUCCUCCGGGAGGCUGAAUGGAAGCAGCAGCCGAGGGAGCGGUCGGGCUGUCGGAGGCCAGGGACUGGAGCCCGCUAUCUGUGGCCGCAGCAUCCGAUGAUGGGGACACGGUCGUCGGAGUCAGCUACGGGAUGGACGCCGCAGACAUGGAUGCUGCUGCAAAGAAAGCCUUCAUCACAGAGAUGCCCUCGUCCUCAGGCCAGCCCGGCCAGGGGAAGAAGAUCGGCCACAGAGGGGUGGAUGCAUCAGGAGAAACGACCUACAAGAAGACCACCUCCUCAGCCUUGAAAGGUGCCAUCCAGCUGGGCAUCGGCUACACGGUGGGCAACUUGAGCUCCAAGCCGGAGAGAGAUGUGUUGAUGCAGGACUUCUACGUGGUGGAGAGCAUCUUCUUCCCCAGUGAAGGCAGUAACCUCACUCCGGCGCACCACUUCCCGGACUUCCGCUUUAAGACGUACGCUCCCGUGGCCUUCCGCUACUUCAGAGAACUGUUUGGCAUCCGGCCCGAUGACUACCUGUAUUCUCUGUGCAACGAGCCGUUGAUCGAGCUGUCUAAUCCCGGAGCGAGCGGCUCGGUCUUCUAUCUCACCAAGGACGAUGAGUUCAUCAUCAAGACUGUGAUGCACAAGGAGGCGGAGUUCUUACAGAAGCUGCUGCCUGGAUACUACAUGAACUUGAAUCAGAACCCCCGCACUUUGCUGCCCAAGUUUUUCGGCCUGUACUGCGUUCAGUCGGGCGGGAAGAACAUCCGCGUGGUGGUGAUGAAUAACGUCCUCCCUCGUGUGGUUCGCAUGCACCUCAAAUAUGACCUGAAGGGCUCCACCUACAAGAGGCAAGCGUCCAGGAAGGAGAGGCAGAAGGCCCGGCCAACCUUCAAAGACCUGGACUUCAUGCAAGACCUGCAGGACGGCCUGAUGCUGGACCAGGACACGUACAACGCUCUGGUGAAGACCCUGCAGAGAGACUGCCUGGUGCUGGAAAGCUUUAAGAUCAUGGACUACAGUCUGCUGCUCGGGGUUCACAACAUCGACCAGGCGGAGAGGGAGAGGCAGAUGGAGGGCUCUCAGGGCGGCAGCGAUGAGAAGAGGCCCAUGGCCCAGCAGAAGGCCCUGUACUCCACCGCCAUGGAGUCCAUCCAGGGAGGCGCCGCCUGCGGGGGCUCCAUCGACACCGACGACACGAUGGGUGGGAUUCCAGCCGUGAACGGAAAAGGAGAGCGACUUCUCCUCUACAUCGGAAUCAUCGACAUCCUGCAGUCCUACAGGCUCAUCAAGAAACUGGAGCACACGUGGAAGGCGUUGGUUCAUGAUGGGGACACCGUGUCAGUCCACCGACCCGGCUUCUAUGCUGACAGGUUCUUCAAGUUCAUGAGCAACACGGUGUUCAGGAAGAGCUCCUCUCUGAAGUCUUCUCCGUCCAAGAAGGGUCGCGUGUCGUUGACGGUGCCGAAGUUAACCGGUCCUGGUGCGGCGUGGUCAGCCAGCCAGCUCCCCUCCGACAGAGAUGAUGUCAUCUAUGACCUGAGAGGAGCUCGCAGCUUCCCCACGCUGGAGGAUGAGGGGCGACCAGAUCUCCUUCCAUGCACUCCUCCAUCGUUUGAAGAAGCCACCACGGCCUCGAUUGCCACCACUCUUUCCUCCACCACCUCUCUGUCCAUACCGGAGAGAUCCCCCUCUGACACAGCUGAGCACCCCCGCUACAGGAGGCACACCCAGUCUCUGAGCCAUGACGGGAGGACUCAGGAGGAGCUGCGUGUGCGGGAGGAGGACCAGCAGACCAUCACAGUGGAGGUGGAGUUAAAGAGACCCGACAGCGAGCCCACCUUCUCUGUGCCACAGUCUCCACCUGACACCAGUGCGCUUCAAGAAGCAGCCGGCGCAGAGGCUCCUGAAGCAGCUUCCGCCUCUUCAUCAGCACCUGAAGCCUCCUCCUCGACUGCCCAGCCUGCCCUCUCUUCUCCAGACGGAGCUAAGGAAGCCCCGUCCAGUCCCAAGGUGGUGGUGGAGGCAGACCGGGCCAGCCAGGUUUCCGGCUCAGGAUGCACCAGCCAGGCUUCAGUGGACGAUGAAGACGACGUGCCAAUCACAGAUAUCUACUUUUUUCCUGAUGGGAGGACCUGGGUGGUCUCUCCCUUCCCGGAGAGGAGGAGGCGUUGCGAGUCGAGUUGGCCCCCUCCAGAGGACAGGACCUGGGUGUACUCUCCGCUACACUAUGGCUCAGAGUCUAAGGCCCUGCCAGAUGGGGAUUGGGAAGGAGAGACACAGUAAACCUCGUCCUCUGGCAGAGACGGGUGAACGCGUCGAGGGAGAGGACUCUUCGGGUUUUGAAGUCCAGAGCUCAGUGGUAGCGGCAGGAUCUCUGUCUGGACCAGGAUUUUAAACAUGCGUACAGAAACUGAACACAACGGGGGGGGGGGAGAAAAUAA